UGCGCCUCCACAAAUCAUAGGAAAUCAGCAGGAUCCUCCAAUCGGAUCACUUCGCCCUUUCCCGUCACUUAUACUUGAACGGAAAUUGCCGAGCGUUGGUCCUAUGCAGCAGCAGCAGCAUAUUGAUUACGUCAAACACGGUUGAUGGAGCAUGUCCGGAAGUGUCGAGAAAUAUUGUGAAACCGAAACAGAGUGAAAACGAACUGUCUUCUGCAGCUUAGAGGAGACCUAUGCUCUGAUCUUUGUGGAAAAUGAUUAAAAAUUGUGAUGUUCAGUUUGUGACAUGGAUUGUUUUCUUGGUGGAAAUCGUCAAUCAGGUUGUAGCUGACACACAGUACUGCAGUGAUACAGGCGAAAAGUGUGAUUAUCCUAAGACCUGUUGUCCAGGUGGCUGUUGCUAUGGUGCCGACGGACAUGAUAAUCGUCAUAACCAUGCUUAUUCCUUUCGAGUGUCCUUUUACAACCUUUGGUACUUCUGGUUCAUUGUCCUGUUUGUCCUCAUGUCUUGUUUCGGUGGCUGCGGGUACUACAAACAGCGCCAGAGAUUUUCACGGUCCCGUGGGGUGUGUGGGGUGACAGUGCCUUCACAGGGGGGCCGAAGCUCCCGCCAGCCCAGCACCAUUAGGAGUGGGACCAGCAACAAUCCUUCCCUUCUGCCAUCCUCGCACUCGAACUUUGGCUACACUGGCAGCGAAUACGUCAGACCUGGGCUGAAUCUUCGACCUCCGCCCUAUUCAGAGGUGAUGAUGCAGCCAGACUUAUACCCCGCUCAUAAGUCUGAGUUAGUGCUGCCACCAUACCCGGGCACUCAACAGGUAUCACCACACAACUCAGGUAGUUCCGAGCCUAGCAGCAGUGGCCUUCCCCAGCCUCCACCGUACUCUCUAUUUCAGCUAUCCAAUCAGGGAUCACCAGGUCAGCAGAUUCAUUCACCAACAGACAAUCAAAAUGCAGAUAACAACGGCAGUAGUCCACAGAACGUCUCGGGCAAUCAGUGAUCAAUGGAACGAGAUUUUUUUGGUAUCACAAUAUUAUUGUUUUUUAAUUCAGGUAAAAUUUAUUUAAAGAAUCAUUAUCAAUCGCCUAUAAUCUAUCAUUCUUUUAGUUGAUUUUGUUUUCAUGAUAAAGUAGUGAAGUUUUAUGAAGAGGUCACAUUACCUUCACCAAAUCAAGGAUUAAAUUUAUGAUUGAAAAAAAAUUGCGCCAAAUCUUUCCUGGAGAUAUUUUCAAAAUUAUUAGAUUUGCCGAUAUA